UUUGAGCCAUACAUAAUACUACAACUGAACAAAAUGGAAUGCAAGGUUUGCCUCUUGAAGUUUAACAAAGAAGACAAGAGACCUCGCUACAUACCAUGCGGCCACACCUUCUGUUCGUGUUGUCUCGAGGAACUUCUAAAAGACAGUUCUUUAGCCUGUCACAUUUGCAAAGUCGAACACACCGCCUCGGACAUCACACAAUUCCCGGUCGCCCUUCUUAUAGAAGAACUCAUUGGAGACAGUAACGUGAGCAAGCCAGAGGAAGCUGCAGUAAUGACGCCGGACACAACCUCCCUAGAAUCCAGUUUUUACACAGGGAAGACCAUCAGCAAGAAGCUGACCUCGCUGAGAGAAGAGCAGAAGGAAGGACUGAAAUCCGUGGAGGACGCCUGCUGCUCCAUGGCGAGAGAGCUGAUGGACUACAAUAAUACUCUAAGUCAAUGGGACACGGAACACCGGGCGCUUCUCGAAAGUAUUACAAGACUUAUGAUCAAGCCAAGUGAAGAGGCAAUACAGAUGAUAGCAGAAGAAAGGAGCAAUUUGCGUGAAUUAAAGAAGGAAGGAGAAGAACAUAAAUCGCGAUUAGGGAAGGCUAAGGAGAUGUUCUCGACCGUGGAAACAGCACAGGAAGUAGUGACAGCCAUUGGCAAUGCCGAUCAGUGUCAAGUUGUUGCGGAAGAGUGGCACCAAAAGUGUCGAGAGAAGUUUCCCAACAUCAAGUCUGUGCAUAGAUCAUUCAAGGUUCGGAUGCUCACUGAAAAGGCUCUGAAGAUAAUGUAUGGAGGGCUGCAUGGAGAUCGCUGUCUCCCUUUGCACUCACUGUAUAAGAAAAUACACGACGAUGGUUGUAUUCCCGUGUACUUGGCUGACGAAGACUACAACAUUAAAACGAAAGUCGACUACAUCUCCGAGUUUGCUAGUAUGAGAUUUACGGCCGAGCACCUUCGCAAACCGGACAUGCAUUUAAAGGGUCUGCUGAAAGCUAACUUAGUGUAUGCGACGAAGUUCUUAGACAGCCAGCGUCUCUUUGCCAAAGUUAGCCUUCAAGAAGACGGAAAGAUUCUUCUUCAUGGCCUCGCAGAAGAUAGUCCUCCCGAAGGAGCUUGUAUUUUGCAGUACGACGAUGCGCUGAAGCAGAUGAACGAAACCAACACAUUGACUUUCCUGGACAUCGCCCUGUCUGACUCUCCUGCGCGUCGGGUCUUCAUCCGCCUGAACCCAGUGAGCGUUCGGGGACGCCACUACGUUAUCCUGUGCACGGGCCAGUUGGGUCGUUCUUAUACCGGUUCCAUCCUGCGGAAGGUCGUCAACCAAGGCAGUCCUGGCGAGUUCAUUGUUGGAGGACGUUUUUCUGGUGCAGGAGGACCCCCUUUCUUGCCCUUUGACAAGCGCGUCGACCGCACAGCCUCUCCGGGACUCGUCUUUGGUCUGCCCGAAGAUGUGACGAAGGGAUCCGAAGGGUUUGGUCUCUUCUGCGUCUGCACGAAGGGCAAGGCUCAUUCGGAGUUCCCCACGGCGUACGGACGGGUGGAGAGUGGCCUCGACGUGUUCAUCUCGGCCACGAAGAUGGAAGAUGUUACUAGUGUCAAACUGGUUGACUGUGGUGUUGCGCUGGGAUGAUCUAGUCGGCUCCAGCUACAUUUGUAAGCAGUAUUUGCCAUUCAAGUGAAUAUUUUAUAUAUGGUAUAUUUCAAUGCAUCUUUUUUGUAUAUUGAACAAACCAGUGUUUGUGGAAAUAAAACAAACCGUAGCA